AUGGCAGAAAAAAAGAAAUGCCGUAAAUCUAUUACCUUGAAUAUGAAGCUUAAAAUUAUUAGAUUGUAUGAUGAAGGUGUAAUUCAAGCUGAAAUAGGCCGAAAGCUAGGCUUCACUAGGACCACAAUUAACACAGUUAUGAAGAACAGAAAAAAAAUUGUUGGAGAAGUAAAAAGUGCUACACCUGUUAACACCACAACAAUUCGAAAAAGGGAUAGCAUUGUUGCAGACAUGGAGAGACUCCUAAUACUUUGGAUAGAAAAUCAGACAACACGCCAUGUUCCUGUAAACCAGGCAAUUAUACAAAGUAAAGCCUUAAGCUUAUUCAAUGACCUGAAGGCUAAGAAAGGUGAAGCAGCAAAGGAUGCUGCAUUUGUUGCAAGCCGUGGAUGGUUUGAUAGGUUUAAGAAGAGGUCUAAUCUACAUAACAUCAAAGUACAAGGAGAGGCAGCUGCUGCAGAUACUGAGGCUGCAGAAAGCUAUCCAAGUGAUUUUGCAAACAUUAUUGAAGAUGGAGGCUACUCCAUGGAUCAAAUUUUUAAUGUGGAUGAGACUGGUCUAUUCUGGAAGAAGAUGCCUGCAAGAACCUUCAUUGCAAGACAGGACAAAUCAAUGCCAGACUACAAGCCAGCUAAAGAUAGAAUAACCCUUCUGUUAGGUGGCAAUGCUUCUGGUACCUUAAAGCUAAAGCCUUUGUUUAUUUACCGUUUUCAAAAUCCAAGAGCUUUGAAGAACUACGUUAAAACUAGACUUCCAGUGCAUUGGAGGGCCAAUAAAAAAGCAUGGGUAACUGCAGUCCUUUUUGAGGAUUGGUUUGACACCUGCUUUGUUCCAGAGGUGAAAGCUUAUUGCAAGGACAAUAAUAUCCCUUUCAACAUUUUGCUGCUUGUUGAUAAUGCCCCUGGACACCCUCAAACGCUAGAUGAGCUCAACCCUAACAUUAGAGUGGAAUUCCUACCACCAAAUACCACCUCAUUACUGCAGCCCAUGGAUCAUUGUGUCAUAGCUGCCAUCAAGUUAAACUACUUAAAAAGAACAUUCAGUAAGUGUAUUGCAGCAAUAGACAAAGAAGAAGGUGCAGGGCAAGAAGUCCUAUAG